CAGAUGUCUCAAUCAAGAGCUUGUUUGUUGACUUGCACUUGAGUUCUGUCAGCGGCUGCAGUUAAGAAUUUAGCAGUCCUACAAGUCGAAAUGAGUAAACAAACAAAGUUUUCGAAUUUCGUGAAAGGUCGCUCACCAUCGAAUAAAAAAAAUGAAAAAUUAAAUGUGUUUGUGGAUCACUUGCAAAAUACUCGGGAUUCUAAAGAUAAGAUACGUGGCCAAACAGGAAUUGUUUAUGAUGAACGAAUGGUUGAACACCAGUGUCUUUGGGAUCCCAAUUACCCCGAAUGCCCAGAGAGAUUCACUCGGGUUUUGGAAAGAUGCCGUGAGUAUGGGUUGGCUCAACGCUGUGUAGAAAUUCAACCUAGAAAGGCAACUCAAGAUGAGCUGUUGAAACUUCACACACCAGACAGAAUUGAAUUGCUCAAAGGAACAGAUGGCAGUCCAGAUGCUGAAGCAUUAGAAGCUAUUAGCUCUGGUUAUGAUGCCAUUUAUAUUCACCCAUCAACAAAUGAGCUAGCAUUGUUGGCAGCUGGAUCAACAGUUGAGAUGGUUGAUGCCAUACUAGAUGGAAAGAUACAAAAUGGAAUGGCUGUAAUCAGACCACCAGGGCACCAUGCAAUGAAAAGUGAAUACUGUGGCUAUUGUUUCUUCAACAAUGUAGCAGUUGCAGCUCAGCAUGCAUUAGAUAACAAGGGUGUUGAAAGAAUUCUGAUUGUUGAUUGGGAUGUUCACCAUGGCCAGGCAACUCAACAAAUGUUCUACGAAGACCCCAGAGUCUUAUAUUUCUCGGUUCAUCGUUAUGAGCACGGAGCUUUUUGGCCCAAUCUUCGUGAAAGCGAUUUUCACUACAUUGGAAGUGGAGCUGGCAAAGGCUUUAACGUGAACGUGCCACUGAAUAAAACGAAAAUGGGUAACGCCGACUAUCUGGCCAUUUGGCACCAGCUGCUAUUGCCUCUGGCUUAUGAAUUCCGCCCUGAUCUUGUUCUCGUCUCCUCUGGUUUCGAUUCGGCACUAGGCGACGAGAAGGGCGAAAUGGAAAUCACUCCCGCGUGCUACUCCCACUUGACGUCAUCACUCAUGGGGCUGGCCCAAGGCAAACUGGCUGUCGUUCUCGAAGGAGGGUACUGCUUGAAAUCCUUAGCCGAAGGAGCUGCUCUGACCUUGCGAACAUUGCUUGGUGAUCCUUGCCCAGUCAUCGCGAAAAUCGAAGAGCCUUGUCAAAGUAUUCAGGAAAGUAUUUUGAGCGCUAUUUAUGUGCUUCGCCCUAUGUGGAAAUGUCUACAGUUCCAGGGCCGUUUUGAUGCUUCAAAAGUGGGUAGUCAAAAGGAAGGAAAGCACUUUGUACCCAGUGUCACUUUUGAAGGAUCUGACGUCAAACAAACAUUUUUUGCCACUCGAAACUGUUACCCAGUGCAGAGCAAUGAGACGAUUGACCUUUUGGAUCAGCGCCUUGAUAAGCUCAUUAAAGAAACCAGCUUGGCAGUGCCUAAGCAUCGGGUUUGUUUCAUCUACGAUGAGAGAAUGGCUUUGCAUCGUAACAUUAACGAACCUGGACAUCCGGAGAGACCUGCUCGAAUCACUUCAAUCUACCAGAAAUUGAUGGAAUUCGGAGUGUUGGAGCGCUGCCACCGGCUAGAUGCUCGAGAUGCCGAUCGCGAAGAAUUGCUGUGGUUGCAUCAGGCCGACUACAUCGAUGAGAUUGCGGCGACCGCCGGUAAAAAGCAAUCGACUCUCAACCAAUUGGAACGGCAGUACGGAUCCAUCUUCAUCUGUCCGGAAACCUAUCAGGCUGCGCUGCUCUCAGCCGGCUCGUCGCUCCAAAUUGUUGAAAGUAUUUUGAGCGGUGAGAGUCGUAGUGGAAUAGGAGUCGUCCGGCCACCGGGGCACCACGCGGAAUGCGACGAAGCGUACGGCUUUUGUUUCUUCAACAACACGGCGCUGGCAGCCAAAUAUGCCAUCGAAAUUCAUCAUUUAGAAAGAAUCCUUAUCGUCGAUUGGGAUGUACACCACGGCAACGGAAUCCAGCGGAUGUUUGAAGAGGAUCCGCGCGUAUUGUACAUUUCCUUGCAUCGCUUUGACAUCUUCCCGUUCAAACCGGAAGAAUCUGAUUGCAAUGUAGUAGGGAGCGGACCCGGAGCUGGAUACACAGUCAACAUCGCUUGGCCCAAAAGAGGGAUGGGCGACACGGAAUACCUUGCUGCGUUCCAGCAGAUUAUUAUGCCUAUCGCUUAUCAAUACAACCCGCAGUUAGUUCUCGUUGCAGCUGGAUUCGAUGCGGCCCAGGGGGAUCCGUUGGGAGGCUGCAAGAUUACUCCGGAAGGGUACGGACAAAUGACGAACAUGCUUAGUUCACUUGCUCAAGGACGUGUUGCUAUCCUACUCGAAGGCGGCUACAAUUUGGAUUCCAUUUCGCACUCGAUGACCAUGUGUGCCAAAGCUUUGCUAGGAGACCCACUACCUUCGCCAAGAAUCGAACCACUCAAUCCGGCAGCCAUCAGCACCAUCAAGCAGGUCGUCAGCCAUUUGCUACCUUAUUGGAGUAGCCUCUGUUUCCACGUUGAUUUACCCGAAGGAGAUGUUCUCCCGCCUUGUGAAGUUACGAAAAAGCCGCUCAGUAUUGAAGAACAAUUGGAGAAACUCCAACUCGAGUCAUCAGGAGCAACCAGUCAGGAGCCAGACACUAUCGUAGAGGGCACUGUACUAUUGCUGGAAGCUUGCGGUGUGACUGAGUCUGCUCCUCCUAAAACACUUCAGGAAUUCUUGCUGUUGCCAGAAAAUGUUGAGGCUAUGAAGGAGGGUACGCUGUUUUCUGUGGUUCCUUUAUCGUGGUGUCCGCAUUUAGAAGGACACGUUCUACCAGACGAUAAUGUCGCCAAUCCUUGGGGCCUUCAAACUCCUUGCUCAUGUUGCCAGGAUAAGUCAGAAAACUGGGUCUGCCUAUCUUGUUAUCAGGUCAACUGUGGACGGUUCGUAAAAGGUCACAUGAAGGAACAUCAUAACGAGAGUGGUCAUUCGCUGGUUCUCAGUUUCUCUGAUCUGUCAAUCUGGUGUUACGAAUGUGAUUCCUACGUCGAUAACAGGGCAUUCUAUUCAGCCAAGAACCGACUACAUGUGGAGAAGUUCGGCGAGCCCUUGCCACCUUCGUUGUCGGGUUGAAUUACCUAUUUGAUAUCGAGGGUGUUGGUAAUUUUGUUCUACUGACGCUCUGCUUCCCUGAAGCUAAAAAGAUGAAUUAAACGAACUAAUGCAUUUUUAUUGCAAUCUAUGAAAUUUACGAAGCCUUAAAAUUUUGUUUGUAACGCUUUUUGACCAGAAAGAUAAUUAAAAUGGAUCGAAAAGUAAGAAAUUGUCGAUUUUUCUUUUGUUUGAAAGGCCAAAUAAAUUGAAACCAGUUUUGUUUCCGCCAGAAAGCCACAUUUAGUUGCCCAAAAUAAAAUUGAGGAACCCGAUGAAAUAGAACAUAAAAUACAGCAGAUUUUAAAUGA